AUGCCUGAUCCAGGUCCUUCUUCCGCAUCGAAGGUUUCAUUUGGUUUCAAGCCCGCGUCAGCCUCGCAAAAGACGGCAUCCAAACCUAGCGUCGCGCCGUCUGCAGCAGCUUUCGGCGAUGAAAGCGCAGACGAGGACCAUGUGGCAGCGCCUGUAGUACCAUCUGGUACAAGCGACCGUCCAAUUCUCAGAAAUUUUGGUGCGCAGCUUCACGGGUUAGCACUAGCCAAGUCGCCAACGCCGGCAACACGCACCGAGAGAAAGAAGCAAGAGGAGGCCGAACAACUGGAUGCGUCCAUCUUCGAUUACGAUGGUGUCUACGAUAUUAUCAAGGAUGCUGAGCGAAAGGUAAAACAAGCCAAGCUAGCUCAAGAUGCUACCAAGAAGCCCAGGUACGUCGACGGCAUCCUCGAAUCAGCCGAGCAACGCAAACGCGAUCGGCUGAGAGCCGAGGCACGAACCAUUCAGAGACAACGACAAGCAGAAGGCGACGAGUUUGCCGACAAGGAGUCGUUUGUGACCAAUGCAUACAAGGAGCAGCAGGCCGAGCUGGCUAAAGCCGAAGAGGAGCAGCACAAGAAUGAGGAAAUGCAGCGAUCAUCGAACAAAGGCAUAAGUUCUUUCUACCGCGAAAUGCUCAACGAGACAAACGCAGCAAGAGACGCAGCCAUCGCCGCGUCACUGGCUCUACAGACCUCUGCUUCAGCUGUACAGCCAUCCGAGCAGGAGCACAGAGAGAAAAGCGAUCUAGAUCUGGCCCAAGAAGCUAGGCAAAAGGGACUAGAAGUAGAACUCAAUGAUGACGGCCAGAUUGUCGACAGGCGCUCGCUUCUCACCAAGGGUCUCAAUAUUGUUUCCAAGCGACGCAAGACCAGCACAGACGAGCGUUCGGCUUCUUCAGAUCGGGACAGCCGUGAAGCUAGACUGAAGCGAGACCAGAGACGACAAGAAGAGUACCAAGCGCGCAUGCAUCAAGAUGCGCAGCGAUCAAGGCAGAGUAGGCUCAUCGAAGAGCAGAUGCUCGAGCUUGAGCGCAAGCGCGCUUUGGAGGAAGACGAGGCCCAACGGCGAGAGAGAAGCAAGCUGAAUGCCAAGCGUAACGAUAGCCAAGCCGUUCUGCAAGCCAAGCAGAGAUAUCACGAGCGCAAAAAGCAGCGAAUGGCAUCUCAACAGGCCUCUCCUUCGUAA